AUGGCUAGCCCAGCCUUUGAUCCCGAAAGAGUCAAUCUGACCGAUAUUCUCGCCAGCGGAGCCUCUCAGGCACCGAUUACCUGCUUUCUGAACGCUGCCGGCAACCAAUAUGGCGGCAGUAUCGGCAUCCGCAUCGGCUCCAUCUUCGUCAUCGGCGCCGUGUCCACGGCCGUGACCUUUUUCCCCGUCGUGGCGACGCGCAUCCCGCGCCUCAAGAUCCCGCUCUACGUCUAUCUCUUUGCGCGCUAUUUCGGCUCCGGCGUCAUUCUCGCGACCGCCUUCAUACACCUCCUCGAUCCCGCCUACUCGGAGAUUGGCCCGGCCUCGUGCGUCGGGCUGACGGGCGGCUGGGCCGGCUACUCGUGGCCGCCGGCCAUUGCCCUGGCCGCCGCCAUGUUUACGUUUCUGCUCGACUUUGCGGCCGAGUACUACGUGCAGAUGCGCUACGGCCUCCCCCACGGCGAGGCGAGCGUCGAGGCCACCAUCACGACGGGCGGCGGCCAGGUGACGCAUCAGCAGCUGCACUCGGGGGACAUGAACGGCGUGGCGGAGAACGGUCGCGACGCAUCCAAGGAUCGCAAGGGCUAUUCCGGUCUUUCAGAGCUGAAACAUCUCGCCGGCGACUCCGAAGAGACCGAGCUCCUCUUUCAAACACAAAUUGCGGCUUUUCUCAUUCUUGAGUUUGGUGUUCUCUUUCACAGCGUCUUCAUCGGGUUGAACUUGGGUGUCGCAGGUGCCGACGACUUUAAGACGCUAUUUCCUGUUCUAGUCUUCCAUCAAUCCUUUGAAGGUCUUGGAAUCGGGGCCAGGCUGAGCGCAAUUCCGUUUCCUUCUCGUCUGUCGUGGGGCCCAUGGGUGCUAUGCGCUGCGUACGGCUUGACCACCCCGAUCGCCAUCGCUAUUGGCUUGGGCCUGCGAAGCACCUACGACAACUCGUCCUUCACAGCCAACGUUGUCAACGGCUUAUUCGACUCCAUUUCCGCCGGUAUUCUCAUGUACACUGGCUUCGUGGAGAUGAUUGCGCGUGAUUUUCUUUUUAAUCCUGAGCGCACGAACAAGAAGUCGCGCCUAAGUUUCAUGAUUGUCUGUCUAUUUCUCGGUGCUGGAAUCAUGGCGUUGCUUGGAAAGUGGGCUUGA